GACAUCAGUAAGGACUGAAGCGGAGGUGCUGCGGGGAGUCGCCGGGAGUAAUUUUCCAAGGGAUCUCAGCCAUUAAUUUUAAUCUACGGUGGAGAUUUAUUUAAAUUCACACUCUCAAGUUUUCUCCUUAAUUUCUCCGAACGCAACACAAACUCACAAAUUGUGUUCUUUAAUUUCUCCGCCCAUUGCAUUUUGCAUUUCCCUCCUAUAAAUAAAUUCCCAUUCUUUCCGUCUGUAUCUUCAUUUUCAUUUCCAUCUUUCUUGGGUGAUACGAUCCAAUGGCUGCGACCCUUUUCCAGGGAUUGGGAGUUGUGACCCCAUCAUUCUCUUCUUCCCACUCCAACAAGUUCAUGCUUUCUUCCCUCUCAGAGAGGAAAGAUGGCAUAUUUGUGGUCAGAUCUGAUGCUGAUGCAAGGAUUCUGAAGACUGGAGCUCGUAAGCAUGAAUUGUUGGUUACUAAUGCAGUUGCAACAAAGGGAGCCAGUUCUGCGGCUUCUACAUCAAAAUCUGGAUCUGGGCAUGAACUUCUCCUUUUUGAGGCCCUACGCGAAGGUUUGGAGGAAGAAAUGGAGAGGGAUCCUUGUGUAUGUGUCAUGGGUGAAGAUGUAGGUCAUUAUGGAGGAUCUUAUAAGGUGACUAAAGGCCUUGCCCCAAAGUUUGGGGACCUUAGAGUUUUGGACACCCCUAUUGCUGAGAACGCCUUUAUGGGGAUGGGCAUUGGAGCUGCCAUGACUGGUCUGAGGCCAGUUGUUGAGGGCAUGAACAUGGGAUUUCUACUUCUGGCAUUUAACCAGAUCUCUAACAAUUGUGGCAUGCUGCAUUACACAUCAGGAGGGCAGUUCAAAAUACCAAUUGUCAUUCGUGGACCUGGUGGAGUUGGGCGGCAACUUGGAGCAGAGCACUCGCAGCGAUUGGAGUCUUAUUUUCAGUCAAUCCCCGGAAUCCAGAUGGUGGCUUGCUCAACCCCUUACAACGCCAAGGGCUUGAUGAAAGCUGCAAUCCGAAGUGAGAACCCCGUGAUUCUCUUUGAGCAUGUUUUGCUUUAUAACCUCAAGGAGAGAAUUCCAGAUGAAGAGUAUGUAUUGUCACUUGAAGAAGCCGAGAUGGUUAGGCCUGGGGAACAUGUCACGAUAUUAACCUAUUCCAGGAUGAGGUAUCAUGUCAUGCAAGCUGCCAAGACACUGGUGAACAAGGGGUACGACCCCGAAGUAAUCGAUAUCAGGUCUUUGAAACCGUUUGAUCUUCACACAAUCGGGAAUUCGGUGAAGAAGACACACCGUGUGCUAAUUGUGGAAGAGUGCAUGCGGACGGGAGGAAUUGGUGCUAGUUUGACGGCUGCCAUUACCGAAAAUUUCCAUGACCAUUUGGAUGCUCCUAUAGUAUGCUUAUCCUCUCAGGAUGUGCCGACUCCUUAUGCUGGAACAUUGGAGGAAUGGACAGUAGUUCAACCUGCUCAGAUUGUGACUGCAGUUGAGCAACUCUGCCAGUAAUUGCUACAAAACACUACCAAUUGUGCUUGUUAAAUUAAGCUAGAAAUUUUUAUCAUGGUUUUCUCUUUACCUUUUAUUUCUGAAGUCUAAAGCCCAUAAAUUUCAAUUGUUAUUUAACUUCUGUUAAACUUUGCAAAAAAAAAUAAAUUAUUAAAAGAAUAUAGUAGCUAUGGAAUUGCACUGCUGCUAAAUAUUCACCUGCACAAGACAAACCAGCUGAAUUUUUUGUGUUCAUGUAAUAUCUUUAUGCGUAUUUAUCAUUUUGUGACGAUAUCAAUUGAGGAAAUUCAGUUGUUGCUAUUA